CAGGGUGUUGGAAGGCUUUUGAGCUAUUCGUUCUUCCAAAAACAAUGAGUGCUGCGAAAAAGGCGGGUGAUAAGGGUUCCCGAGUGCCGAAAGAUACUGAUUUUGAUUCGGUCUUGAGUGGUCAGAUCGCAACGUUUGAUAACUUGUUUGACGGAAAGACAGAGCAUGCGGAUAAUGCCAUCGACUUCAGUGAUGAAGACGAACUUGCCGAAGAAGAAGAGGACUUGAAUGAUGGAGAGGAGGAUGUUUCUGCGAGCCAUGCGGAUCACACAGGAGUGCCCUCGUUCAAGGAAGACUCAGGUCACAAUGAAGAAGACUUACUAGGAAAUAACAAUGACGAAGACGAAGAAGAAGAAGAAGAAGACGAGGACGAUUUUAUGAAGGAGCUACAACAGGAAGCAAUGGAAGGAGUUGAACAGAAGCAAGACUCAGAACUGGUGGCUGGUGCCGUCUUUGGGUUUGGUGUUCCGAACAAUGCAGGCUUGCAAGAUUUAGAUUUCGCUUCCAAUUCGUUAUUGGAUACAACAAGACAAAUAGGAGACUCGGAUAUUGAGUUUUCGGAGGAAGAGGACACUAGCUCCAAAGAGAAAGAGUCUAAAGUGCUUACUGAAGAAGAAAAAAAGAAGAUUUCAGAACAAAAGAGACUUGAAAAAGAGAAGAGAACCAGAGAAAACAAAGAAAAGCUUCUCAGGAUAUUUUUCCCUACUUUCCAGAAAGGGAAGCCUAUGCAAUUACAGAAGUUAUUUCCGAUAAUACCUUUAGAGUUCAAUUAUCAGCAACCGCCACCAAUAACGAAACCCCUUCUUCCGAGAGGUAGUCAUUUUGAAGUCGAUGAAGACGAAAGCAAAGAGUUCGGCAUGACGAAUAAGCAAUUGAGAGAGCAAAAUAAACUUAUUAAAAAAUCCAGUCAUUAUUUGAAUGGGCCAAAUGUCAUUAGAAUCGAGGCGGAUGAGGUGGCGAAACCAUUGAAAGAAGAAGAAAAUAAGAAACGGAUUAUCAAUGCUAUUUCAUACGACACAAAUUUGAUUAUAUCAACUGCCGAUUGGAAUGACGACGAAAUUAUUGGCGCUGCAGAGGAUAUUGAAAUCCUUCCUCAAGCAAAAAGACUUAGGAUUGAAGACAAUAAACUUGACUCUUGGGCUGACAACGAUGAUGAAAUGAUAUUUGAAGGAAACCUGGACCUUGACCAAAUCAACCUCAAGUUAGAUAUGAAUGAUCCGAACCUCAUAUUUGUUGACAAACAUACCUACACCAAUGACGGAAGGGUAUAUCAAAAACGUAUCAAUAACGAUUCAAGUAUUCCUUCUACUCAGAAACUUCUAGAACUAAAAUUCAGUGUGUCUAAUGAUAAAGAAUAUGAACCUUUGAAAUCAAAUUAUCAGACCAAAGUUAGAGCAACCAUUGGCACUCUUAACAUUGACCAUACUCCUCCAGCGCUUAGAUUACAGUCUCCAUUUUACAAAGUAACGCCAACGGAGAAGGAGAACAGAAUGUAUCACAGACCACGCUUCAAUAUAAAAUCUAAUCAAACUAUUCAUUUCUCUAAACCAAAAACCAGAAAAAAGAAGAGAGACAAAGGUAAAGAAGUUUCCGAGAUAUUCAAAAAAACUAUAGAUCUUACACUUGGUGAUACUGCAAACUUUUUCCUUACUGAGUAUAGUGAAGAGUAUCCGUUAUCUCUCAGUAAGUUUGGUAUGGGAUCGAAGAUUAUUAAUUAUUACAGAAAAAGAAAUGAUGACGAUAAUACUAGACCUAAGUUAUCUGUUGGUGAAACUCAUGUUUUAGGAGUACAGGACAGGUCGCCAUUUUGGAAUUUUGGAUUUGUUGAAAAAGGCAGUAUUGUCCCAACAUUGUACAACAAGCUUAUCAGGGCACCACUGUUCCACCAUGAAGCCUUCUCGACAGACUUUUUGCUAGUAAAGUCAUCAGGUGGGGGUAAUGGUCAACGAUUUUUUUUGAGACCAAUCAGUCAUUUAUUCACUAUUGGUCAAACAUUACCUGCUAUAGAAAUACCCGGCCCGCAUUCUCGUCGUGCUACCGCGAUAAUGAAACACAGAUUGCGGAUGAUUGCAUAUCGUGCAUUAAAUGCAAGCGACCAAACCAGGAUCACAGUAAAGGAUAUUUCUGAGCACUUUCCUAAGCAGUCCGAUAUGCAAAUUAGACAACGGUUAAAAGAAUUCAUGGAAUAUCAAAGAGGUGGUGCAGAUCAAGGUUAUUGGAGACUUAAAUUAGCAGACAAACUUCCUUCAUAUGACCAAAUCAGAAGAAUGAUGUCACCAGAAGACGUUUGUUUGUUGGAAGUCAUGAUGUGGGGACAACAACAAUUUGAAGAUGUUGACAAAUUCAAAAGGGAGAGGCUGGAUUCACUUGAUCGAGCGAAUAACGGUAACGCCAAGAAGGAAAAGGAGACAGGGAGUGAAGAGACCUUAAAUCAGCAAUUAGCCCCUUGGAAUACUACUAGGAAUUUUAUACAAGCAACUCAGGGGAAGGCAAUGCUUCAAAUCCAUGGCAUUGGUGACCCGUCUAAAGAAGGAGAAGCAAUAUCAUUUUUGAAAAUAUCCAUGAAAGGUGGCUUUAUUAAAAAUGUCGAAGGCAAAGAUUCAAAACCAGGUACCCCUUCUGGGGGAGCUAAUUCUACUUCCACUCAUUCUUAUAACGUUGCUGUUCAACAAAAGUUAUACGAUGAUGAAAUUGCUAAGGUUUGGUACAAACAGGCAAAAUCUUUAUCCAAAUACAGUAAUACAGAUAAACCCAGAGCAGUGAAUCAUGAAGAAUUGAGUGAUAUAGGUCUCAUGAAGAAGGCAAAUGCUAAUGUUGAUGAGGAAGUGAACGAAAAGCCAAGAUAUUUAAGAAUCACCAGAAUGGUAAAAAAUUCAUACGGUAUCAAGGAGAGGAAAGUUCAGGUGAUCAAAGAUCCUAAAGUUGUCGAGCUUUAUGUGAAAAAGAAGCAAGAGCAAUUGCUCGAAACAAACGGAAUCGCAGACAGCAACAGUAUUGUUUUAACCAAUGAUAAGGAGGAAAAUAUGAAGGUGAAGAAGCGCCUCGAAGAGGAACUUGCCAAGUUAGAAAGACAAGCAGAGAAGAAGAAGAGAAAACAGUCCGGUAUUACUGCGGCCAAUAUUGAUAGUAAGGGCCGUAUAAGUGGGAAAGGUAUUGGCAAGGGUAAAUCUACCAGUAGAAGAUGUGCGACAUGUGGUUCUCUUGAUCAUAUCAGAACAAACAAAGCAUGUCCGUUGUACUAUACUGUGCACAACAAAUCCAAUCCAAACUACAUCCCAGGAAGUGAAAAGCAAGCAGAGCUGUUGGCCCACAAAUAACCGGCCAUUUAUGUAACUAUUCGAUCAAGAUAUCGUCGUCUAUGGGUUAGCGAUGAAAAUUUAAAGAAAUGUAAAAUAAUAAAUGUAUCAUGAAUAUAUCGAAGAUUUAUUUUGCGCGUAG